AUGAAGCUGAACGAGAGGAGUGUGGCCCACUAUGCGCUGAGCAACUCCCCGGCAGACCACAGGGGCUUUCUGCGCACUUGGGGGGGCCCGGGGACCCCGCCCACCCCCAGUGGCGCCGGCCGAAGGUGCUGGUUUGUCCUCAAGGGCAACCUGCUGUUCUCCUUCGAGACCCGAGAGGCCCGGGCCCCCCUGGGGCUGGUGGUGCUGGAGGGCUGCACGGUGGAACUUGCCGAGGCUCCGGUGCCUGAGGAGUUUGCCUUCACCAUCUGCUUCAACGCCCCUGGUGUGCGUCCCUACCUGCUUGCUGCCGAUGGCCCGGCCGCCCAGGAGGCCUGGGUGAAGGCGCUGUCCCGGGCGAGCUUUGGCUACAUGCGCCUGGUGGUGCGGGAGCUGGAGAACCAGCUGCGUGAUGCCCGCCAGAGCCUGGCCUUGCAUCACCACGCCUCCUGGAGGGCCGUGACAAGCCCCUGCAAGCCCCAGCCUCCCGGCCAGCGGUCUCGGGGCCUGGAGAACGGCCACACCCUCUCCAGGGAGCACAGCCCUCUGGGCUUGGUGGAAGCAGGGGGCAGCAGGCCAGCAGGGCGGGGCUUGGCAGAAUGUGAGCUGCAGGGCCCUGCCAGCCUCCUCCUAGGCAGGGGCCAGAGCCCCGUGUCCCCCGAGACCUCUUGCUUCUCUACCCUGCACGACUGGUACGGCCAAGAGAUCCUGGAGCUGAGGCGGGGGUGGCAGCAGAGGGCCCGGGGGAGCCAGCCCAAAGGUCAGCAGCAGGAUAAGCCCUGA